GAGGGGUCUGGUGUCCUUCUCUCUCUAGCUCUCUUGCUACUUCUUUGCUAACUUCUUCUGUAUCUUCUGAAUCAAACACAAUGAGCAGGCAGUUCAGUUCUAAAUCUGGGAGUGGGGUCAGGAUUUCCAGCGGCUACACCUCUUCCAGCAUGGGCAUUCCUGGUGGGACUAAAGGAAGCUUCAGUUCAGUUUCUUUGUCUCGAGUUGGGAGAGGAAAUGUAGGGGUAGGAGGUGGCUUUGGUAGUAGAAGUCUUUACAGCCUAGGGGGUACCAAGAGCACCUCCAUCGGUACUGGCAGUGGAGGCUUCUAUGGUGGUAGUGGUGGGUUUGGUGGAAGUGGUUUUGGUGGUGGGGGAUUUGGUGGCGGGGGAGCUGGAGGUUAUGGAGUAGGAGGUUAUGGAGCUGGAGGAUACGGAGCUGGAGGUGGAGGAUAUGGAGCUGGAGGAUAUGGAGCUGGAGGAUAUGGUGGUGGCUUAGGAAUUGGGAGUUUUGUUGGAGGUGGAAGAAUGGGCCCCAUGGUUCCUCCUGGGGGCAUCCAACAAGUGACGGUCAACUCCAACCUCAUGUUGCCACUCAAUCUUGAGAUUGACCCAGAGAUCCAAAAAGUGCGGGUGCAGGAAAGGGAGCAGAUCAAGACCCUCAACAACAAGUUUGCAUCAUUCAUUGACAAGGUGCGGUUUCUGGAGCAGCAGAACCAAGUUCUUGAAACCAAAUGGAAUCUCCUGCAGCAACAUGGCAGCACGGCCACCAAAGUCAACAUUGAACCCAUGUUUGAGGCUUACAUCAACAACCUCAGGAGGCAGCUGGAUUCCCUGGUGAAUGACCGGGGAAAACUGGACGGAGAGCUGAGAAAUGUACAGGAUCUUGUGGAAGAUUAUAGAAAGAAAUACGAGGAUGAAAUCAACAAGCGCACGGCAGCGGAAAAUGAUUUUGUCGGCAUCAAAAAGGAUGUAGAUGGUUCCUUCAUGAACAAAGUAGAGUUGCAAGCAAAGUCCGAUGGCCUUAAUGAUGAAUUAAACUUCCUAAGAGCCCUCUAUGAUGCGGAACUGGUUCAGAUCCAAGGACAGGUCAGUGACACCAACGUCGUCCUCCAAAUGGACAACAACAGAGACCUGAACCUCAGCAGCAUCAUUGCUGAAGUGAAAGCUCAGUAUGAAGACAUUGCGAACCGGAGUCGGGCUGAGGCUGAAGCUUGGUACCAAGGCAAGUUUCAGGAACUUCAGAGCACAGCCAGUUCUCAUGGUGACGACUUGAAAAACACCAGGAAUGAGAUUGCUGAGCUGAAUCGGCUCAUCCAGAGGCUGAAGGCAGAAAUCGAUAAUGUGAAGAAGCAGAUUGGCAGUCUCCAGACAGCUAUUGCGGAUGCUGAACAGCGAGGGGAGUUGGCCCUGAAAGAUGCCAGGGUGAAACUCACUGACCUGCAGCAUGCCCUGCAAAAUGCCAAGGAUGAGCUGGCACGUCUCCUGCGAGAUUAUCAAGAGCUGCUGAAUGUCAAACUGGCCCUGGACGUCGAAAUCGCUACCUACAGGACUCUGCUGGAAGGAGAAGAAUGCAGGAUGUCUGGGGAACUCUGUUCUCCUGUGAGCAUGUCUGUGGUCAGCAGCUCUUCCACUAUGGGCAGAAGCGGCUACAGCCUUGGAGGCGACGGUGGAGGACGAAUGAGCAGCGGAGGCUUUGGCCUGAGUAGCGGCGGAGGUGGCGGCGGUGGCGGCGGUUACGGUUUUGGAAUGGGCGGUGGAGGAGCUGGUGGUGGAGGUGCCAGUGGUGGAGGUGGUAGCAGUGGGAUCACUGCCGGUGGAGGGAGCGGUUACAGCUCUGGAAGUUCACGAAGCUAUGGAGGAGGAUUGAGCGUCGGAGGGGGAGGCAGCUCCAGCACAAAGUAUGUCUCCACAACCUCAUCAUCGAGCAGGAAAGCAGUUAGAUAAAAAGUCUUU